AUGUCUCUCUCUCGUUGUGGGCGCCUCGCCCGCGUCUCCCUGGGGGCCCUCCGCACGCCUGCAUCCGUGUCCACUCGUCCUCUCGUGGCCCGCGCCAUCUCCGUGCGGGGAGUAUCGUCGUCGAGCCGAGAUGCGCAGCAGAAGCUCCUGGCUGCGUCCUUGAAGGACUCCGACCCGACUGUCUUCAACAUUCUCGAGAAGGAGAAAAACCGCCAGAAGCACUUCAUUAACCUGAUCCCCUCCGAGAACUUCACCUCGCAGUCUGUCCUCGAUGCGCUAGGCAGUGUGAUGCAGAACAAGUAUUCUGAGGGAUACCCCGGCGCCCGUUACUAUGGAGGAAACGAGUACAUUGAUGCCUCUGAGCGCCUGUGCCAGCAGCGCGCUCUGGAGACCUUCCGUCUCAACCCUGAGGAGUGGGGUGUGAACGUUCAGCCUCUGUCCGGAUCUCCCGCUAACUUGAUGGCUUACUCCGCCGUUCUCAACACUCACGACCGCCUGAUGGGUCUGGAUCUGCCCCACGGUGGCCAUCUGUCGCACGGCUACCAGACCCCCACCAAGAAGAUCUCCGCUAUCUCCAAGUACUUCGAGACCCUCCCAUACCGCCUGGACGAGUCCACCGGCCUGAUUGACUACGACGCACUCGAGAAGCAGGCUCUGCUGUACCGUCCCAAGCUGAUCGUGGCGGGCACGUCAGCCUACAGCCGUCUGAUCGACUACCCCCGCAUGCGCGAGAUCGCUGAUUCCGUCGGCGCCUACCUGCUCUCCGAUAUGGCUCACAUUUCUGGUCUCGUGGCUGCGGAUGUCCUUCCUUCUCCCUUCCCCUACUCCGAUAUCGUGACCACCACCACCCACAAGUCUCUGCGCGGACCCCGCGGUGCUAUGAUCUUCUACCGCAAGGGCGUGCGUCGCACCGAUAAGAAGGGCAACAAGGAGAUGUACGAUCUGGAGAACCCCAUCAACAUGUCCGUCUUCCCUGGCCACCAGGGUGGCCCCCACAACCACACUAUCACUGCUCUGUCCGUCGCCCUAAAGCAGGCCCAGUCCCCCGAGUUCCACGAGUACCAGAAGACUGUGCUGGCCAACUCACAGGCUCUGGCCGAGCGUCUGGGUGAAUCUAUCAGCAACGGUGGCCUCGGCUACAACAUCGUGUCCGGCGGCACCGACAACCACCUGGUGCUGGUGGACCUGAAGAACCGCGGUGUGGACGGUGCCCGCGUUGAGCGCGUCCUCGAGCUCUGCGGCGUCGCUAGCAACAAGAACACCGUCCCCGGUGACAAGUCCGCCCUCAAGCCCGGCGGUCUGCGUCUGGGUACCCCCGCCAUGACCUCUCGUGGCUUCCAGCCCGAGGACUUCCGCCGCGUCGCCGAUAUCGUUGACCGUGUCGUGAUCCUGACCCAGAAGUUGGACAAGGUUGCGCGUGAGCAGGCCCAGGCCCGCGGUGUUAAGAACCCCGGUACUCUGAAGGCCUUCUUCGAUUACCUGGGUGAGGGUGAGGAGGUGUCCGAGAUUGUUAUGUUGCGGCAAGAGGUGGAGGACUGGGUGGGCACGUUUAGCCUGCCUUGGGCUAAGGACCAGUAG